AUGUCUCCUUCUCUGACCGCUACGUUUCCUUCACUGACCGCUACAUUUCCUUCACUGACCGUUACGUCUCCUUCACUGCCGUUACGUUACGUCUCCUUCUCUGACCGUUACAUUUCCUUCACUGACCGUUACGUCACGUCUCCUUCUCUGACCGUCACGUCUCCUUCACUGACCGUUACGUUUCCUUCUCUGACUGUUACGUCUCCUUCACUGACCGUUACGUCUCCUUCUCUGACCGUUACGUCUCCUUCUCUGACCUUCACGUUUCCUUCUCUGACCGUUACAUCUCCUUCACUGACUGUUACGUCUCCUUCACUGACCGUUACGUCUCCUUCUCUGACCGGUACGUCUCCUUCACUGACUGUUACGUCUCCUUCUCUGACCGCUACAUCUCCUUCUCUGACCGUUACGUCUCCUUCACUGACCGUUACGUCUCCUUCUCUGACCGGUACGUCUCCUUCACUGACUGUUACGUCUCCUUCUCUGACCGCUACGUCUCCUUUACUGACCGGUACAUCUCCUUCUCUGACCGUCUCCUUCUCUGACCAUUACGUUUCCUUCUCUGACCGUUACGUCUCCUUCUCUGACCUUCACAUCUCCUUCUCUGACCGUUACGUCUCCUUCUCUGACCGUUACGUUACGUCUCCUUCUCUGACCGUUACGUCUCCUUCACUGACCGUUACGUCUCCUUCUCUGACCGUUACGUCUCCUUUACUGACCGUUACGUCUCCUUCUCUGACCGUUACGUCUCCUUCACUGACCGUUACGUCUCCUUCUCUGACCGUUACGUCUCCUUUACUGACCGUUAUGUCUCCUUCACUGACCGUUACGUCUCCUUCUCUGACCGUUACGUCUCUUUCUCUGACCGUUACGUCUCCUUUACUGACCGUUACGUCUCCUUUACUGACCGUUACGUCUCCCUUACUGACCGGUACGUCUCCUUUACUGACCGGUACGUCUCGUUCUCUGACCGGUACGUCUCCUUCUCUGACCGGUGCGUCUCUUUCUCUGACCGUUACGUCUCCUUUACUGACCGUUACGUCUCCUUCUCUGACCGUUACGUCUCUUUCUCUGACCGUUACGUCUCCUUUACUGACCGUUACGUCUCCUUUACUGACCGGUACGUCUCCUUUACUGACCGUUACGUCUCCUUCUCUGACCGUUAAGUCUCCUUCUCUGACCGUUACGUCUCCUUCUCUGACCGUUACGUUACGUCUCCUUCUCUGA